GUUCUUUAUGAAGUUCUCGCACGACCAUCGUCGUGCAAAUGUUGCCGGCACUGGGAACAUCGUGUCGAAUCGUGAAUAACUUCAAUGUGCUCUGCACGUUUGACAGAAGAGAGGGGAAUGCGUGUUGUUCUCCGUAAAUGUGAACGGUUUAUGUUAAUAGUCUUUCCAAAUGAUCGUGCCGUUUGAUGAGAAAUAGUGAACGGAAAAAUUUCAAGAUUGCAGUUCGUCGGACGAUACUGCGCUUGAAAAUUCCGCGUAACGGAUAGUACAAAAUGAAGCCUUUAAUCGAAUUUGAAGAAUGUUUGCGAGACACGCCAAACUUUCGGCUAUGCAUCGAGAAAGUGGAAGCAAAUGUUGAUCUGCUCGAACAAAAGUUAGACAAGGUGUUAAAAAAUUGUGGCCAAAUGAUUGACACUGGAAAACUGUUCAUUGGACAGCAAAGCCAAUUUACCAAUAGCCUUUGGGAGUUAUCUCUAUACUUUAACAAUGACUCAGAAAUAAUGGCUUUUCUAAACAAAUUAAUUCAUGCUUUGCAAGAAAUGAACAAAUUUCAUACUAUCUUGCUAGAUCAAGCAUCUAGGACAGUAGUUAAAGAUCUUAAUUCCUUCAUUAAAAGUGAUAUCAAAACAGUAAAAGAAUCUCGUCAUUACUUUGAAAAAAUUUCUGCUGACUUGGACAUAGCUUUAAACAGAAAUUCACAAAUUCCAAAGUCCAGACCUACAGAAUAUGAGGAAGCUUCCAAUAUUCUAUCCGCUACUCGAUCGUGUUUUCGACACACUGCUUUGGAUUAUAUUCAUUCAUUGACAAUGAUACAGGCGCGUAAAAGACAUGAGAUAUUGGGCACAUUACUUAAUUACAUGCAUGCAUGUAUUACAUUCUAUCAUCAAGGAAGCGAUCUUGCACAAGAUUUAGAACCAUUUUUAAAAGAUCUUGGUGAAAAUUUAAUUAAAAUGAGAGCUGACUCUGUUAAACUUGAAAAGGAAAUGGAAAAUCGGCAUAUUUAUGUUACAAACAGAGACUUAAUACCUUUCCCGAUGCCUGGCAAUCCAAAAAUGGAAGGGUAUCUUUUUAAACGAACUAGUAAUGCGUUUAAAACAUGGAACAGAAGAUGGUUUUGUUUAAAAGACCAUCAACUGGUAUACAGAAAAAGAACUGGUGAUAAUGAUUAUACAAUUAUGGAAGAAGAUCUUCGCCUUUGUACUGUAAAACCAGUGGUUGACUGUGAUAGAAGGAAUUGUUUUGAAGUAUUGAGUCCUACAAAGAGUCACAUAUUACAAGCUGAUAGUGAAGAAGCAUAUUUAGGGUGGGUAACUGCUAUGCAGCAAGCAAUCGGUGCUGCUAUACAAAGAGGUAUGGGUGCUGGUACUAUUGUUAGUAUACGGGAAUCACAAUCACAGAAUAUUAGAGGUUCAAGCAGGCAACAGUCAAAGCCUAAAUCAAGGGUCUGGGAACAAAUCCUAAAGAUUUCUGGAAAUGAUACUUGCUGUGAUUGUGGUGGUGCUAAUCCAAGGUGGGCCAGUAUCAACCUAGGAAUUACACUUUGCAUAGAAUGCUCUGGAGUGCAUAGAAGCUUAGGUGUUCACUAUAGCAAAGUUCGUUCUCUUACAUUGGAUGACUGGGAACCAGAAAUAUUAAAAGUAAUGGCAGAGCUUGGAAAUACUGUAGUAAAUAAUGUUUAUGAGGCUUUGCCUGUUCCUUCCAGUAUGGUUAGAGCUACACCAAAAUGCAAUGGUAAUAUACGCGAAGCUUGGAUAAGAGCAAAAUACGUAGAUCAUAAAUUUGUAAGACCCUUGAGUAACAUUAUUACAUCUGGACAACAUACGAGUCGCGAUAAAAUGCAUUUCCGUAAAUGGAGUGUCCGUAAAUUACGCCGUAGACCACGAAGCUGCGACAAGAUUGAUAGUAAUAAUCGUAACAAAACAACAACACUAUCUUCCGUAACAGAAGGUCACCAUUCUAAUAGUUCCGAUGACAGUAAACACACGUCGAUCGAAAGUUUAAGUUCUGUCGACAAAGUGAAAAAAGUGGAAAGAAGUUCCUUAAGUUCCGACGAUAGCUCGAAUCUAGAUCUAAAAAAUGAUUCUACCCUAUACGGAAAGAUAUUAACACGAUCGCGUAGCGAUAUGCAAGAAAGUAAUUCCAAAACCACUAUUACCAGUACGGAAUCGAAUAUCGAAAACGAACGUAAACCUUAUAUUCCUGAUAUAAAAGACAAUACAAUAUCCACGAGUAACUCUGAGAAUAAUUUACCACUGAAAAGUGAAGUGUCCUUAAACGCAGAGAUUUGUGAUGUUAAAGAUGUAGAAAAUAAGGAUAUCGGAGCCGAAAAUCAGUGUACAGAAAAGGUAGAAUCGGACGUAUUAAUGUUUGGAUGCGAUUUACCAAAGCCAACAAUUGAUAACAGUUUAGAAUUAAGUUCGGAUCAAGACUCGACUGCCGGCGAAGAUGAGGAAUUCACAGACGAGGAAGAUAUUGAGAAUUUGCAUCCUGAGAUGUUACUUUAUAAAGCUGCUGCAGCGCACAACCUUCCCGUAAUGUGUGCAGCUUUAGCGGCUGGUGCUGACAAGUCAUGGUCAAAUGUUAAUGACAGAGGUCGUAAUGCUUUACACCAAGCGAUUAUAAGCGGUUCCGUAAUGUCGUGUGAAUAUCUCAUCUUAAACGGAGCACGCAUCAAUUGCCAGGAUGCUGAUGGAAAAACACCAUUGUAUUUAGCCACGGAAUUAGGCCACACUGCCCAAGUGUGCUUGCUUCUAAAGCAUCGUGCUGAUCAGCAUAUUAAAGACGAGAGUGGUAUAAAACCCUUGUCCAUAGCUGUGAAAGAAGCUAACGCGGAUAUUGUAACUCUAUUACGACUUGGCCUUUUGAACGAGGAAAUGAAAGACUCAGAAAUCGGAAUUAGCGGUGAUGAAACCUUUAACGAUGUUGUACGUGACUUUAGCCAAUUAGCUUGCUCUCAUCCAGAACGGUUGCAACGACGAAAUGAGAGUAGUAAUGCGUCACAACCGCCCGAAUGAGUUUUAAGGAUGUGCAAAACUUAUUUGCAAAAUGUAAAAAGCAUGCUACAACGUAAAGAAAAGAAGGAGAAGAAUACAUCGAAAAUGUCGUCUUUCAGUUCCUUGCAGGGUAAUAAGGUUGAUUACGAAUAAACAAGGUAAGUAUGCAGAAUCGACCUCUAAAGUUAUAUCGUAUCAUUGAAAGAAGACAGAGAAAUGUUUAAAAAAAGUUGCGUCUCUCUUUACUCUUUGAUCUCCGAACAACGGAAAUUAUUUAAAUUUUGCUAGUAUCUCUUUUGUACUUGUAUUUUUGAAAACCAAGAGACUUUCACAUUAUUUGCCAAAAUGAGAAAUAAGUAUAUGUUAUAUUUUGCUUACGCAUGAAAUUAUGCUAUCCAAUGAUAGAAUGUUAAGACAGCAAGUGUUUUUGUGUGCCUUCUUUCCCGUUUUUCUCUUCAAUUUACAGGAAAAGAAAAUGAAAGUAACUUCAUAUUUAAAUCAAACACUUCUUCCGAUAUUUUUUAAAGCGUGAUCGUAUGAUUUAAAAAAGAAGCCUAAAGUUAAAAAAAUUUACAAGAAUAUAACACAAAUACAGUUUGAAAUUUGAAAAUUUCUGCAGACAUGUACGAAAAAGUGUAAACUAUUAUUAGUAGAUAUUUGUAUAUCAUUUAUGUGAUAUGAAAACCGUGACAAAAUAGUUUUAACUCUGUUGUAUGAAAAGUUCUACUAUUAGCCGACAUGUUUUCAAUAUAACGUGACCUUCAGAGGUAUCUUUGGAACAAACAAUUUUAUACGUAUAUCUGUUUUUAUAUACUUAAUACUACCAGUAAAGUAUAUACAACUGGCACUAAAGUAAUUGUUUAUGUUUGUUUAAUUGUAGUAAUCUGAUAUUAUAUAUUAAUAUCAAAUUAAUUCAACUAUGACAUUAUUGAUACAUAGAAUUAUGUAGUUCGUCUAGAAGUUGUAUUUAUAAGUAGCUGUAUACUGCAUCUAUUGAAUUACCAAAAUAGACUAAAGAUGAUUCCAUAUAGUUACUGAUUAAUAUAAGUCACGUAACGAAUUUGUUGCCAAAAAUUAACCGUUUGUACAUAAAUCUUGUAGAUUUGACGACUAUUUGACGUUAUACUUGAACGAAUAUUUUAUUUCCACGAAUUACGUAGAAUUAAUAUCGCAAAGGCAUAAUUUAACGAAAAAUAUAAGAAUUUUCGUAUUUACAAUUUUUUGUGACAAAUUUUAAUGAACUUUUCUAUAUCGUAUUUAAAUUAUGAUUCGAUUUCCUUUUCACGAUUUCUACAACGAAUAAGUUCUGCUUCAUUUACGUCUAUUUUAGUACUAUAUACAUUUGCAUUAAACAGUAUUUGUGAAACAUUCAUAGGUUAAUGCAUGAUUUUUAGCCUGCAAUACAUAGCGGAAAAAAAAAAUUUAGGUGUGAAAAAAAAAUAUUAAUCAUUGUUACGAAUAUUUUUCAUGAAUAUUAUUCGUGUAGAGGCUUUAUUGAUAGUUAUAAUUCAAAGAGCGAACCCGGAUCAUUGACACUUGUUUGAACUUGGACGAACAAAAUUUUUAUGAAAAACAUGACAUGAUUUUCAAAUUUGAUAUAUUACCAUAGAUUUUGUUUCGAAUCUGGUAUUCGAUUUUAUAAGAAUCUGUUUAAUAAUUAAUACGAUGGCGCCUGUAUGUAAGCAUACUUAUAAUUAAAAUUAGAUACUCAUUGUUGCACAAUUAAUUAGCAACAAACUGUUUUCCAGUUUAAUAUGUACACUGUUAUAGAAUUUUCAUUUACAUUCGCACACUUUACAACGCGAAUUAACUUUAAAAGAAUCUUGGUAUUUGGUAAUUUCAUGUUUUCAAGACUGUGUGGUCGUGUAUGUCGAAAAUUUCAUUCGAAUAGAGAAUCGAUACCACGUAUUAGUACUUUGUAUUUUGUACUUAUAUUUUUGUAUAUGUUUUAUAUGCAUAAUCGACAGAAGGAAAACAACAAAAUAUACACAAUCGAAUCUUUUUAUUGUACGGACGAAAAUUGUCUUCCGAAAUUGAGAACUGUCUUUUUUACCAUCGAAGAACUACAUUAUAAUGUUAUUCUAAAUUUUAUUUCAUGCUACGAUUGCUCGAUCCAAUAAGCAGUAUUUUUUAUAUUGUAACGUUAUCGAUUGUUUCUAAACGAGAACACCGCCAGUACUGCCUAAUGUGAAAUCGUUGUUAUGAUAUUCUACAAACAUCUAUACAUAAGUUGAGAAAAUAAUAUCAUUGUUUCACUGUUACACGU